AUGUUUCCUUCAACACCAUUCAAAGGAACUCUUUUAAGCCCAUCGAGGAGGACGGACUCCCCCGGUACUCGUCAGCUAUCAGAAAAGGAAUUCACAUCUUUGAGAAGCCAAGUAUUGAGAGAACUUCCGAGAUAUUAUGAAAAAAAUCAAAAUCUGCCAUCAACUGGCUCUAGGGAUUUUUUAAGUCCAGCAUCAAAUGAAUUUGACAGGCGUGCCGAAAUACAGCCUAAUGAAGAAACGGCUGAUUCAAACCCCCAUCAAUCAUUACAAGACGGGUUCAAAAAAUUUCUAAUUGGAGACCCAAAGAGCCUGCUACAUAAUGGAGGUACUAAUGGGAAAAAUUCUCAGGAGUGUGGAGAGUUGAAGGAAUUGUCAACUGAAGAAAAUGAAAUACUGACACCAUCAAAUAACUUUGGGAAUUUUGAAAGUCCAGUCCUUGUAAAUUUGCUUCAAAGAUCGGUGAGCAAGGAACAAGAAACGCAAACAAUAAUAGCAAAUUUAGUUUUCUUCUUUGUGUGGAAUUUGAUAGUCAAAUUUGUCGGUCUUUACUUCAAACAUACCACAAAUGGAAGGAUGGUCCUUCUAAAAAUUAAUAAGAAAUUAUGGAGUCUUGGAUGGCUUACCAAGCUAUUCAAUAAUUCGUAUUUUAGAUCCAUGUUUCUUUGGAUUACUUGGGAUCAUGUGGAGCAUUUAGUUCAUAUUAUAGUUGCUUUGAAUGUCAUAAUUUCAAUAUGGAAAUUAUUUACCAAGGUCAAGACAAAUGACUUGAACUUGACCCCCAAACAAAAAACGUUAUUAGGAAUAGAUGACGAAAUGUCCAAAAUGAACUUGCCAACGCGACUUGUUGGCAUUUCUAGUGAUAAUAAACGUCGCAUAGAGAAACCACAUGUUAUACUUGGCUCGUCGAAUGUAUCUAAUGAAUUAGUUAAAGGUUCGAAUUCAGACAGAUCUCAAAAGGUUUCUCAACCAAUGCCAUAUCUCUUCAAGUCGUUGAAAACUCCCUCACAAAUUAAAAAUCAACGAAAAGAAUAUGACCAAAAAUCCAAUGUGAAGAACGGCAGUAAUCUCUUUGGAAGUGUUCAACCAACAGAAUCAGGCUAUUCGGGUUUACAAGGUAUUCAUCCAAUGAACAUAACUAGGGCUACUAACCUUAAUACUACUGAAACUUCGAAAUCCAUUGGAUAUGUUCCAAGCAAUAGGUACAAGUAUAAGAUGGAGUCACCAAGUCCCAUGAAGAGAAGAAAUUAA